AACGCAGGACUAGCUGUCUGCUGCUGCUCAACACCACUUUGUCCGCUCAGCUGUGUGUCUUACCACUGCUCUCCAUUAGCGAAGCCAAGUGGAUUUGAUCAGCACUACCAGCAUGUGGGCUGCACGUCCACAAAAAGAGCAGGCUCGCCCUGCACAGGGGUCUGACUGCUAAGCAUGCUGGGUAAAGCUCCACCUACUACCAGUAACCUCAACCUGGUGAAUUCUGAGGUGUCUGACACGACAGCGGCCCCGGACGAACACGACGGUAUCACGAUGGCAGAGCUAGUGGAGAGCCUGGAUACCAGAGAGCUGGACAUGGGGGAGGGAGAGGAGAAUGACUAUGAUGGAAACUUAGGGGACAGUCGUAUCGCGUUUUCAGCCGUGUAUGCCACAGUGGGCUUUAAGGAGGCAGAAGCCAAGGUCUACCUCUCUACCGUGCCCAUUACUGCCCGCAUACUGGAGGUGGAGAGAUUCACCACCGCACAAGACCGCUUCAACCUGUCGCACCAAAGGAGCGUCAGCAAGUCUCUGCCAGCAGUGUUUAAGAUCGAGCUGAAGCACGGUGAGUUUACCUGGGUGGUUAAGAGGAAGGAGAAGCAUUUCAUGGAGCUGCACAGAGAGCUGAGGACGUACAAGACCUUCAUGAGGAUACCGCUGCCGUCACGCAGCCACACAGUGAGGAGAAGGACGGUGAGGAAGAGCGAGGUGAGAGAGAUGCCCUCGCUGCCAAGGGGAGGAGGAGACGAGCUGGUGCGAGAUGAGCAGGUCUCCAGCAGGCGGAGACAAUUAGAAGACUAUUUGAACAAGCUGCUGAAGAUGGCCAUGUACCGCAAAUAUCACCAUACUAUGGAGUUCAUUGACGUCAGCCAGCUGUCCUUCAUUCAUGACUUGGGGCCCAAAGGACUGGAAGGGAUGAUCUAUAAGCGUUCAGGUGGACAUCGUAUACCUGGCAUGAACUGCUGUGGUCACAGCCAGGCCUGCUACCGCUGGUCCAAACGCUGGCUGGUGGUGAAGGACUCGUGUCUGCUGUACAUGAAGCCGGACUCAGGGGCCAUCUCCUUCGUCCUGUUGGUGGAUAAAGAGUUCAGCAUCAAGAUGGACUCCAAAGACACAGAGACCAAACACGGAGUCCGGAUUGACAGCCUCUCCAGGACCCUGGUGUUUAAGUGCAGCAGCUACAGACACGCACGCUGGUGGGGUCAGAGCAUCGAGAGCUUCGUGAGGAGUCACGGGAAGGCUUUCCUCCGAGAUCACCGCUUUGGAUCUUUUGCACAGGAGGAGGAAAACAUCCCUUCCAAAUGGUAUGUAAAUGGGAAGACCUACAUGGAGGAUGUGGCUGAUGCUUUGGAGGAGGCUAAAGAAGAAAUCUUUAUCACUGACUGGUGGCUGAGUCCAGAGAUCUUCUUGAAGAGGCCGGUGGUGGAGGGGAACAGGUGGAGGCUAGACUGUACCCUCAAACGCAAGGCACAACAGGGUGUGCGCAUCUUUGUGAUGUUGUACAAGGAGGUGGAGCUCGCCCUGGGGAUCAACUCAGGCUACAGCAAGAGGACCCUCUCACACCUGCACCCCAACAUCAAGGUGAUGCGUCAUCCAGAUCACGUCUCCUCCUCCGUCUAUCUGUGGGCGCAUCACGAGAAGAUUGUGGUCAUUGACCAAUCGGUCGCCUUCGUUGGCGGGAUCGACCUGGCAUAUGGUCGCUGGGACGACAGAGAACACCGGCUGACAGAUGUCGGCAGUGUGACACGCUCCGUGGCCCUUGAGCAGGCUGGCUCCACCACAACUCCGUCCAGUAAGGGUGUGUCCUUCAUCGAUAGCGCUCCCAAGACCAACGGACAGGGGACUCCUCCCGGUGAUCCGGCAGACUUGCCCAAACUCAAGGGGAUUGGACGCAACAGGAAGGCUCGCUUCAGUCUGUACAAACACCUGCACAAACACACCCUGCAGCACGCAGACAGCGUCAGCAGUGUCGACAGCUCAGGGAGUGGUUCAGUACGAAGCCUCAAGACAGGUGUUGGAGAGUUACAGGGAAACACACGCUUCUGGCAUGGAAAAGACUACUGCAACUUUGUCUACAAGGACUGGAUCCAGUUGGAGAAACCUUUUGAUGACUUCAUUGACAGAUACACCACUCCCAGAAUGCCUUGGCAUGACAUCGCCUCGGUGGUUCAUGGCAGAGCUGCGCGGGAUGUGGCCAGACACUUCAUUCAGCGCUGGAACUUCACUAAGAUCAUGAAGCCAAAAUAUCGCUCUCUUUCUUAUCCAUUCCUGCUGCCGAAGUCUCACUCCAGUGCCAGUGAGCUCAAAUACCAAGUUCCUGACUGUGUCAAUGCCAAAGUGCAGGUGUUGCGGUCAGCAGCAGAUUGGUCAGCCGGCAUAAAGUACCACGAGGAGUCCAUCCAUAAUGCCUACAUCCAGGUCAUCGCUAAAAGCAAACAUUACAUUUACAUCGAGAACCAGUUCUUCAUCAGCUGUGCCGACAACAAGAUGGUCUACAACAAGAUCGGGGACGCCAUCAUUGAAAGGAUCCUCAGAGCGCACAAGGAGGGUAAGAAGUACCGUGUGUAUGUGGUCACCCCCCUCCUUCCUGGCUUUGAGGGUGACAUCACCACAGGAGGAGGGAACGCCCUUCAGGCUGUCAUGCACUUCAACUACAGAACUAUGAUCAGAGGAGAUUACUCCAUCAUCUCACAGCUGAAAAAGGAGAUGGACGAACAGUGGAUGAACUACAUUUCCUUCGCUGGCCUGCGGACUCACACUGAGCUGGAGGGACGGCUGGUCACGGAGCUCAUCUACGUCCACAGCAAGAUGCUCAUCGCUGACGACAACACAGUCAUCAUCGGUUCUGCUAACAUCAACGACAGAAGCAUGCUGGGUAAACGUGACAGCGAGGUGGCGGUGAUUAUCGAGGACUUUGAAACAGUCCCUGCAGUCAUGGAUGGACAGGAGUAUGAGGCUGGACCCUACGCCCUUCAGCUCCGCCUCGAAUGCUUCAGGACUAUCCUUGGAGGUCACACUGACACCAGCAUUGACCUGUCUGACCCCAUCAGUGAUCGCUUCUAUAAGGAGGUGUGGAUGACCACAGCUGGCCGCAACGCCACCAUCUAUGAGAAGGUAUUCCGUUGCCUUCCUUCGUCCCUGGUGAGGAACAUGUCUGAGCUGGAGCAGUACCAAUCCAAACCGGGUUUGGCCCAGACCGACGUGGGCCGCGCUAAUGAGGAGCUGCGCAAAAUCCGAGGCUUCCUGGUCCAGUUUCCUCUGGAUUUCCUGUCUGAGCAGAACCUUAUGCCCUCUGUUGGAACAAAGGAGGCCAUGGUGCCAACUGAGAUCUGGACGUAAAGGAUGUGCCAGCCACUUACACUUUGGAAUUGUUUCUUGAGCAUUUUGAAGGAAAUAUCUGGAUUGCGUUGUCUCAAAUGUGUAAUAUUGGAUUUUCAAGAGAUCACCUUUAAAUCCAGAGAUAAGAGUCUCGUCUGGAUUAUUUUGACUGCUGGGUCUUGACAAAACUCUCAAAUCUGUUCCUACUGGCAAACACAAAACAGUAGUUACAGCUUAUUACGGUAAAGAUGAAUUUUUUUGGAUGUAUGAAGAACAAAGACAUGGCACUUGAGGACAACAUUUAUGACUGCGUUCAAGCUGUGGAGAUGAAAAACAGGCACAUGAACUUUGGUUUUUGGGAAUCAACUCAACUCUGCACACUUCAACCCUUUGGACUGUUGAGAAACAAGACAGCGAGGAGUUCUAAGGAAGCAGGGUGAGGCGGCAGUAAAGUUUUUGACAAUGACGCUAACAAAUAUUCAGCUGUUAGUUAAAAAUGAUCUGAAAAUACACAGAGAUGGCGAGGCAUUUGAUUCACUGAGUCGUGGUGUAUGCUCAUAAGGUGCGUUAGUGCUAUGUGCGAUGUUUAUCAGCUCACUGAGGACUCUUGAUGUAGCUGCUUUAGAUUUUAAGACCAUCAGAUGCAACUUAAGGAUCAUUUCUGUAAAACAAAUCCAAAACUUGUGAUCGUUCUUUACUGUGCAGUUCAUGUGCAGAGACAAUUUUACAAGUUCAACAGUGGUGCAUGAUUUAACUAACUGCUCAAAUCUUGUUAUUGCUAGAAUGCAUGUACCAAUCACAUCUCUGAAAAAAGCAUCAGAAGCGUUAUAUUUCCUUUCAAAGGUUUUUGUGGCGGAUCAUUUUAGGACACGAGGACUGAACUUUACUGAUGAAAUCAAAGUUUAUCUGACCCAGACACAGAAGUUAAUUCAACCCAUUAUUCUGUGUUCGGAUGGGUGAGGAAAAAAUUAUUGCAGCUGAGGGUGUAUGAUCAAAAUCUACAGUGUAGAACGGUUAUGAAUGGAUGAGACAAUCGGCCCCUUUAGAUUCAAAGGAGUCAUUUCCUCUUUGCUCAGCAGAUGGUGCUAGCUUCUUAAAAAUACAGUUUGUGUACAGCACUCCAAUAUGGGCCACUUACUUCUCCCGUUUAUUAUUUCUAUUAAGUGCAGGAAAACAGUCUGUGAAACAAUUUUAACAAUGGGGAAAAAACAAUAUUUUCCACAAAGCAUGCAACUGACGGUCAUAUGAAGAUACACUUUGAAUUGCUUGUUAUGUGUCCAGUUUCCUGGCAGUUCCACAGGUUUUCUUGGUGAAGCUUUAUACUCAGAGUGAAGAAUAAAAUCUACUUUUUUGUAGGGAUGCACCAGUACCAGUACUGACUCAAACAGCUGGAUCGAGUAUUGGUGAAAUUGGGCAGAUUUAAUCUUUGAAAAUAUAUCAAUUUUGACCAAUUUGUUGCUUAAUUUAAAAUGUUUACACUUAAAAAUAAUAAAAAAGUGAUUGGAAUGAUUUUUUUCCAAUCAUAAAUAAUUUGUAUUCUAUAUAUUUGUUAUAUUAUAGCAAUGUUUAAGUGAAGCUCAAUGUUGCUUGGCAUUUACUGUACAUAAAACAAUGAUCCCAGUCACUUCCACACAGUGAGGUAAACAACUUAUUCAUUAAAAAAAUGGUCGGUAUUUGGCCGAGAUAUCGAUAUAAGGACUGAAAAAGUCGAACUGAUGCAUCCCUACUUUUUUUGUAAUGUAAAUCAGCUUGUAUCUGUCAGGAGGAAACUAAGUUUUUCUAAGCAUUCUUCUAGUAUAUAAGCAACAGUUUUGGGCAUAAUUUGUAUUGGUGAAUGUAUGGACUCGAUACCUAAUUUUCAUUUAUAAUAUUUGUCACAGUAUCUUGUUUGCUCACCACUCUCCUCCUAAAUGUGAAGUUAAAGAACCAUGUUUCUAGAAUCCAGCUGUGCUCAGUUGUUGCUACCAACAUAAAACACACAAGCAAGUCAAAGCAAGUAAUUGGUUAAUCAUUUUUAAUAAGAUAAUGAAACCAUAAAAGCUGUAAGAGAAUUCCUGGAAAUCAAUUACUUUUGGAUCACGUCCUCCAUAUUCUCACAAAAAGGCCACAUGCCCUUUGACACACACACACACACACACACACACCAUGUGAGCGUGGGCUUUUAUUUAAUGGGACCAGGAAUAUGAUUAAUUUCAGGUGAAGUGAUGAUUAAUGUCACAUUUCUGUCUGCAAAGACAGUUUCGUUUUCAGUUUGCCAGAUUUUGAUGUCACUGUAUUGUUUACCUUGCUGUAUUUGUCAUUGCAUUAUCUAUGGAAUAUGAAUCAUUUAACAUUUUUUUUAACUUGUAUUUUUUUUCAAUGAAUGGCAUGGUUGUAUGGACUUCUUUCUUUAACAUAACCGUGAUGCAUCUCUCUUAUCAACUAUCUGUAACUUGGACUUCCACUGUUUAUGUACAAUAUAUUUUUUGUACAGUUUAAAGUGUUUCCAAUUUAUUUUCUGUCUGUUCAUUUAACACAGUGUAACACAUCAUUUAAAUGGCUAACAAAUAAAAUCUAUUUAUUAAUUA